AUGACGCCCUACUCGGUCGCGGUGGUCAUCGAUAUAGGCACUAUGGGACAUAAUGGAUUGACCACCUCCGCUGGCCAAGGUUCCCUCGACGCGGUUAAGGAUGACUACGAAUUUAUCUUCUACCCCGGCGACUUCGCCUAUGCCGACGAUUGGCUCGAUGAGGAGUCUGAGGGCUUCCUGCCAAACACCACUAUUUAG